UAUGAGAGAAUUAGGUUAGUUAAUAUUGGAGGUUAUUUUGUGAACUGUGGACCUAUUGUGGAGUAUAUAUGUGGUAGUUUAAAGAAUUUGGCUACUUUUGACCUACAAGAAGAAAUUAAGAAGUUGGGAGUUAACAAGUAUGAAAAAAUUGUGUAUAGAAUACCUGGUGCUGGUGUUGGAGCUAAUAGUUUGAGAGAUGUAACUGAUGAUAAAGGGGUUAUGGAGAUUAUUAGUUGUGGUAAGAAUAAGAAAACUAUAGUUCAGAUUUAUGUGGUUGGUGGUGACAUUGAUGAUGAUGAAGCAGAUGAGAAUGCUGAGGCAUCAUUUCAGACAAAAUCUUCUAGCCAGCAAGAUAUUGAUGAUAGGGAAGAGGUGAAUGGUUUGAGUCAGGAUGAGGAAUCAUUUCACACACAAGCUAGCCAGCAAGAUAUUGAUGAUAGAGAAGAGGUGAAUGGUUUGAGUCAGGCUGAGGCAUCAAUUGAGGAAGAACCUGCAGACCAAUUUGAAGAUAUUAAUGAUAUUAUUGACAACUUCACUUCUGUUGAACAUGGUGAAGGUGAUGCAGAAACUAAUAGUGCAUGUGCUGGGUUGGGGUCACAAGAGUCAUAUGAUGAUGAAGAUUAUUUUCCAACUGGGGUGAGUUCAUCAGAUGAUGACCUGUCCGAUGAUCAUCUUUCUGAUGAUGAUGAAUAUGUUAAGGCAACAAAGAACUUAAAGGAGUCUAAGAAA